CAGCACACAGUCUUCGUUGCCGCCAUGCCGACCAACUGGAACGACAUCAAAGUCAUUGAAGGCGUUUUGGUGGCAUACCUUGCUGCCAACGACAACAAGAUCGAUCUUAAAGAAGUCGCGCGGCUCUAUGGCAACGGUAUGACCUAUGACGCUCUCGAGUCACAUUCUAGAGUCUGGAAGAGACAGGCUAGAGAUCUCAAGGCUGCAGCUAUGGACAACACUCUUCCCACUCCCAAGAAGCCGCCUGACAAGGUCCAAGCUGGUCGAGUCAACAAGAACAAGUCAGUUGGAAGCGGCAAGGUCAAGACUGAGGAUCUUAGCGAUACUAUCCAUGUCAUGGUCAAUUCUGGAGAUGAGAUCGAGUGCGUCUAG